AUGUCCCAGUAUGCAGAGGAUUAUGACCCGGCGCCUGAGCCCAGUGUGGAACCUAGCACCUCACAGUUAAGAUACGAAAAUCAAAACAGAGAUCUUUCGCCUGAGCCAGACCAGGAUCUAAACACCUCUCGUGGGCGGCACCAGGUUUGGCUCGUAAAGGUGCCCAAGUUUCUUAUUGAUGGAUGGAGUCAGGUACAACAGGAGGAUGUUCGCCUAGGAACCGUGCGGGUAUAUGACCCAGAUGAAAAUGGACAUCAGAAGAUGGAACUGCUGUUACCAGACGGACCAUCUCCUGCCAUUCCCAUUGAAGAUCCGUUGCAGUGUGCUAGAUAUGCCAACAUACCUCGUCGUUUUGAUAUGCGGUUGACAUCUACUACCCAAGAAACUUUUGCAAAAAAUCUCUAUGCGUUUCAAGAGGAAGUCAUCGAAGAUGAAGAUGCAGCAAGUGAUCUUGGCGUGGACGAAGAUGUUGUGCUUGCAGGUGCACCAAAACUGCAGCCCUCGCAUUCCUCUGGGCCCGCCCGCCUAUCGAACAAGAAACGCCGUCUCACUGCACUGACAGGUACUGUCACAAAUGAAACUGCUCUGCAGCCUCAGAAGACACCUCCUUCCAACUUGCCGGACUCGAAAGCGUCCAUCCGCGCGGGAACUUCGCGCUCUUUGUUGACUCCAGAGUACCGGGAAAUUCUCAGAAAACGCCGCUUGGAGUCGUCCAAGCCCAAGCGCAGUGUCAUGAUGAUUGAUGAAACGGACGCGGGAUCGAACAAUAUGCUGGCUGCAGGUGUGGGAAAGGGCCACGUCAAGACUCGAUCGGCCAACAUUGUAUUGGCUGCGUCUCAAGCCCGUUCGAACGAGGCCCCCGAAAAAUUCGCUCGUAUGCCCCGCAACGAGCUUUUGGACUCGCUCUUCAGCUUGUUCGACCGCUAUACACACUGGUCCUUGAAGCGUUUGCGCGAAGAAACGCAACAGCCCUAUGUAUAUUUACGUGAGGUGCUCUCGUCCAUCGCUGACCAGCAUCAGAACGGACCAUAUGCUGGCUCAUGGAGUCUGAAGCGAGAAUUUGCGGAGCAUCGCCACAAGGCCGAUACGCCACAGAAUCGCGACAGGCAGGGUCCCUCCGGUGACCCUUCCGUGGAUGACAUGGAGGAUGUAUAA